ACUUGGUAUACUAGCUCUAUUUAUUUUCAGUUAAGCAGUGGAGAGCUUCUCACAACGAUAGAUGCUCAUUAUCAAUCAAUCACACGGCUAUCACUGUCUUCAGAUGAGUCUAUUUUAUUCACGGCAUCCACCGAUGGAACAGUUAGCUGUUAUUUGAUUUCUGAGAUAAUUUCCCUUGACCGAGAUCACACUAUCGCACCGUUGCGUAAAUGGAAGGCUCAUUCGUUAUCUGUUAGCGGUUUGUCUGUUAGCGAUGGAGCGAAUCCCCGCAUUGCCAGUUGUGGAUUGGAUCACGUUGCUACUGUUCACUCAGUUUCGCUUGAUGAGGUCUUAUUAAAAAUAUCAGCAGAUCGACCACUCACUGCUUGUGUGUUGGAUCCUGCUGAGACUAGAUUGUUUCUUGGAUCAGACACUGGGAAUAUUGCGCAGAUUAAUCUUUACGCCCUGGGCGACGCAAGGGAUUUGUUAGUACAAGUCGCAGAUGAAAAAAAUGAACGAGUACCUGUCUUCAGUGGCCACUCAAGCGAGAUAACCGCAUUGGCUAUCAAUGGUGACGGAUCGCUGUUGGCUUCAGGUGAUUCUUCUGGUAAAUACACUAUCUGGGAAAUCUGUAGCAGGCAAUGUCUAAAGGUGUCUUCCAUGCGCGGUUCAGUUUCGACAUUGCAAUUCGUGGCUAAUUGGCCGAGCACACAUGCGGCUGAGCAUAUUUCUGCUCAUCCGAAUUUUGAGCUACAACGUGUUCUGACUAGAGGCGAGAAAAUUCCUAUGAUACCUCACACUGGGAGUGACUUCAAUAAGGAGUUCUGGCAUGGCGAAGUGGAUCGUCUGAUAACCACUGUUCUUCAAGCGACGGCGUCGCCCACUGUGAGCGCUGAUUCUAAAAAGAAGAAGAGAAAGAAGAAGACGAAACAAGGAAUAGAUAUGAAAGCAAAUGGAAUUGAUAAUGCAGAGGAUGUUAUCGUAAUAGAUGACGACGACAUGGAUAUCUUGGAAAUCACAGAAACAUCCUCAUCUUCUAAACCUGAGUCUGGUUCUAAUGAUAACAAAAAAUUGAUAGAAAUGCAGCGCAAGGAAAUUCAACGGUUGAAGAAAAUCAAUGCGGAGCUCUAUAAAUUCAUGGCAUCAGAACUGACAGGAAAAUGA